GAGACCUGGCUGCGUGGGGGGCGGGCCCGGCCCCGGGCCGGGGCGGGGAAGUGAAGGUGGCGGCGGCCCGGCGCGGGGGGAGGGGGGCGCUGACCCGGAUGUUCACUCCUGGGCACCCGGGGAAGUGGAAGCGCCGGGCUCUGUUGCGGGGGGGAGAGUCACAAACGCCGGGACUGGGACCGCUGUCGCCGCCGCCACCAUGAGUGAUCAACAGCUGGACUGUGCCUUGGACUUAAUGAGGCGCCUGCCUCCACAGCAAAUCGAGAAAAACCUCAGCGACCUGAUCGACCUGGUUCCCAGUUUAUGUGAAGAUCUCCUGUCUUCCGUUGACCAGCCACUGAAAAUUGCCAGAGACAAGGUGGUGGGAAAGGAUUACCUUUUGUGCGACUACAACAGAGACGGGGACUCCUAUAGGUCACCAUGGAGUAACAAGUACGACCCUCCAUUGGAAGAUGGGGCCAUGCCAUCUGCUCGGCUGAGAAAGCUGGAGGUGGAAGCCAACAAUGCCUUUGACCAGUAUCGAGACCUGUAUUUUGAAGGCGGCGUCUCAUCUGUCUACCUCUGGGAUCUGGAUCAUGGCUUUGCUGGAGUGAUCCUCAUAAAGAAGGCUGGAGAUGGAUCAAAGAAGAUCAAAGGCUGCUGGGAUUCCAUCCAUGUGGUGGAAGUACAGGAGAAAUCCAGUGGUCGCACUGCCCAUUACAAGUUGACCUCCACGGUGAUGCUGUGGCUGCAAACCAACAAAUCUGGCUCUGGCACCAUGAACCUCGGAGGCAGCCUUACCAGACAGAUGGAGAAGGAUGAAACUGUGAGCGACUCCUCCCCACACAUAGCCAACAUCGGGCGCCUGGUAGAGGACAUGGAAAACAAAAUCAGAAGUACGCUGAAUGAGAUCUACUUUGGAAAAACAAAGGACAUCGUCAAUGGGCUGAGGUCUGUGCAGACUUUUGCAGACAAAUCAAAACAAGAAGCUCUUAAGAAUGACCUGGUGGAGGCUUUGAAGAGAAAGCAGCAGUGUUAAACCUCUGCUUCACGCUAACCGGACAUGCCAUGCACUCGUUAGAUUCCUUUCUUAGAAAACUCGUUUUCUGCUCCCCUUUCCCUCGUUCCUCCCUCCCCAACAGGUCACAUAACAACCUGCAACAUCAGCUGCACAGCGCCAUCUCUCCCUGAGAAUAAAGCCCGAAAAACACC